UCGCGGGGGUCCUAGAGAAACGCUGAGAUACUUGUUCAGAUCCCGCCGAGCUAAGUCCUGGACGCUGUGGUUCUCAUCCGUGCUCCGCCACGCGGAGGAUUCUGGGAGGUGACGUCGCAGGUCUCGGUUACGGGUCCCGUUUUCAGAGCCCGCGGCCCGGGAGGUCUUUCUUCUUCUUCAAAAGAGAAAACUAAAUAAGGAGGCAGGAAUGGCUGUUGGACUUUGGAAAGUCAUGUCCCAGGGAUUGGUGACAUUCAGAGAUGUGGCCCUGGACUUUUCCCAAGAAGAGUGGGAAUGGCUGAACACAUCUCAGAAGGAUUUGUACAAAGAGGUCAUGUUGGAGAACUACAGGAACUUGGUAUGGCUUGGACUCUCCCUAUCUAAGCCCAAUAUGAUAUCCUUAUUGGAGCAAGGAAAAGAACCUUUGAUUGUGGAGAGGAAGCUGUCACGUGGUCAUCGUGCAGACUGGGAACCUUGGUGUGAAAUCAAGGAAUUAUCUCCAAAAUGCUUCAUUGAUGAAGAAGAAAUACCCCAAGGGAUGGUAAUGGAAAGACUUAUAAGAAAUGGCCUUGAUUGUUCCGGUUUCAGAGAAACCUGGAAAUGUGAGGGUGAAUUUGACCAUCAGGGAGAUCAGGAGAGACAUUUCAGGCAAGUGACAACUCUUAAGGAUAUCUCUACUGGGAAAAGAGAUAAUGAGUAUAAAAAUUCCGAGGGAAGCAUUUCCUUAAAGUCAUUAUUUUUAACACAACAGAGAAUCACCACAGUACAGCAAAUACAUAAAUAUGAUAUUUAUGAUAGAAUUUUCCCCCCAAAUUCACUCAUAAAUGACUGUAGAAGACUUCAUUCUGAGAAGGAACCUUUGAUAGGUAAUGCAUGUGAAGAAUUCAGCCAGAAUACACACUUUUGUAAGGCUAUAGGAAUUCCUUCUGGUGAGAAACCUUAUGGAGGGAGUAAUUUUUCAAAUCUCUUGGGUUUCCAUUCAUUGCUUUCUCAACAUCACACUUCUCAUUUUGGAAAAUUAUCCCACGAAUAUAAUCAGUGUGGUGAUGCUUUCAGCUGUUACCCAUUGUUUACACAACCUCAGAGGAUUCACAGAGGGGAGAAAGCAUAUGCAUGCAAUGACUGUGGGAAAGCCUUUAGCCGUGACUUCUUCCUUAGUGCACGUCAGAGGAUUCGUAUUGGAGAGAAACCUUAUGAAUGUAAGGAGUGCAACAAAGCCUUCAGGCAGAGUGCACACCUCGCUCAACAUCAGAGAAUCCACACUGGAGAGAAGCCCUUUGCAUGCAAUGAAUGUGGGAAGGCGUUUAGUCGUUACGCCUUCCUCGUUGAACAUCAGAGGAUUCACACAGGAGAGAAACCAUAUGAAUGUAAGGAGUGCAACAAAGCCUUCAGACAGAGUGCACACCUCACUCAGCAUCAGAGGAUUCACACUGGAGAGAAGCCCUACGAAUGCGAGCAAUGUGGAAAGGCCUUCAGCAGACGCAUAGCCCUGACUCUGCAUCAAAGAACCCACACAGGAGAGAAACCCUUCCAGUGUAACGAGUGCGGAAAGACUUUCGGCUAUCGCUCACACCUUAAUCAGCAUCAGAGAAUCCACACCGGAGAGAAGCCCUACGAGUGCAUUAAAUGUGGGAAGUUCUUCAGAACUGACUCGCAGCUUAAUCGACAUCAUCGAAUUCAUACUGGAGAGAGACCAUUCGAAUGCAGUAAGUGUGGGAAGGCCUUCAGUGAUGCUUUGGUUCUAAUUCACCACAGGAGAAGUCACGCAGGAGAGAAGCCCUAUGAAUGCAGCAAAUGUGGCAAAGCCUUCAGCUGUGGCUCAUACCUCACUCAGCAUCAGAGAAUUCACACCGGAGAGAAACCCUAUGAGUGUGAUGAAUGUGGGAAAGCCUUCCACCAAAUCUUGUCCCUUAGGCUACACCAGAGAAUUCAUGCUGGAGAAAAACUCUAUAAAUGUAAUGCAUGUGGGAAUAAUUUUAGUUGUGCCUCCGCUCUUAGACGACAUCAGAGAAGUCAUAACAGAGAAACGCUCUGAUUAUAAUAGGUGUAGGAAAGAAAACAUGUAGUCAUCCCUCCAUUUUUAUUUAAUAUCAGUGAAUUAUUUUUGGUUAGUAAUUCUGUGAAUGUAGUACAUAUAGAAAAGCCUUCAGUUCAUAAGCAUCCAUUAUUUGGAGUAGCCUGAGUGGGAGACAUCUGCUCUUUUCCCCUAUCUACGCCAUCUUCAGUGCAUACAAUUCCAAUGGAACUUAAUCAGGGAAAGCAGUGGAUUGGUCAGACUGGCCAGUUAUUUCCCCAACCUAGUGACUGAGAAGGGAUUGGCAAAUUAGCCCUUCUAGGCCCAUGAAACCCUUUGGGAGUAUUGCUGUGGGUAGUAAGAGAGUUGUUUCCUGGAAUUGGAGGUUUUGAGGGUUCAGUAAAUCCAGUUGGCUUUUUCCACACCUUCCUAAAGAGAAAUUCAACUCAGAGGAAAAUGGACUUGAAAGACAGAAAUCUGAUAACAUUGAUCUUCCGGACCCAGUCAUGCUUAAUAUGUAUACCAUUCUUUACUUCUGCAUCUUUGUGAGCCAAUAAAUUUAUUUUUAUUUUGUGUAAUUUAAUUUAAAUUAGGUUUUUGCCUCUUGGGAUUAAACUACCAACUCACCCUAUGUUUACUAUACUUGUAUGAUGGCCUUAAUCUUUUAUAUGACAUAUUUGGUUAUGCUGAGGAUAAAUCUUAUAAUAAACAUAUGAAAGGUGAAUAUACAGCCUUCAUAAA